GCACGGUUUCUAUUUUGCGUUUCUCGAAUUCAAUUCAGUUUUGGUCGCGCUGUGUGCUCUGUUGUCCGCGCGAUUUUUUUUUUAGUUUAUUGUUCACUAGUGGUUAGGGUAGAUUUUUUAGAAGACAAACAGAUUUAGACAUAGUGAAAGCUUUUAACGAAUUCUGUGAAGUGUCAAACGAAAUUUGUGCAGUGCCGCUGCAACUGGAUAUCCGAAACGAUAAUAAGUGGCUGUGAUUUUUGGAGAGAUUUUGUGACAGUUGAAUCAAAACGGGAGCUAGUGAUUUACCGUAACAAUCGCGUAGGUUCGUUAAUAUACUUGGUGAAUUAGUGGGGAAUGAUAUUUUUAUUUGGUCGGGUAAUGCAUCAAAGCGCCCUCUAACGACUAUUUAUACUCGAUGAUUUGAGUAUGAUUGCAAUUUGUUCUUGUUUACUUGAGCUUGAUACAAAAUAAUAUAUAAAACUAAGAGGUUACGUGCCUUUAUGUUAUCAUAGUCAUGGCGACAGCCGAAAUGAAUCUGCCGGAUAAAAAGCCUGAGCACGAAUCGGGAUAUUACGAAGGAAGCGAUCAGGAAGGCAGCAUGGACUGUGCUUGCCCUUCACCCAUUAGCUCAAGGAAUUCAUCGCAUUCAGCAAAGCUCAAACACAGGCACAGUGCACAUAAUCAUAAGAAAACACCUGUCAAAAAGUCCAGAAUUGAACCAGUUAAUGGUCAUGCAAAAGACAAGAGUGUUGAAAUUGUUGAGGUCUCAGUAAAUAAAGUUGAGGAACCGGUACCUGGUCCAAGUAAGCGUAGCAGCUCUGUGGAGCUCAUUGGUGGAGUUGUACCACCACCAGCGAGGGAUUCAAUUGAUUGGAAUUUAGUGGAGGCUAGUAAAAUUAGGAAAAAGAAUAAAGUUAAUCUUAACGGUGCUUCAAAAGUGGACAUAUCACACUUCGAUCUUCUCAAAGUACUCGGCACUGGAGCGUAUGGCAAAGUGUUCCUAGUAAAGAAGAGGUGUGGAGUGGACGAGGGCAAAUUGUACGCGAUGAAAUUGCUCAAGAAGGCGUCGAUUGUACAGAAGUUAAAGACUGCGGAACAUACGAGGACCGAGCGGCAGGUCUUAGAGGCUGUAAGGGCGUGCCCCUUCCUUGUGACAUUGCAUUACGCGUUCCAGACUGAAACAAAACUUCACCUUAUUUUAGAUUACGUGGCUGGUGGAGAACUUUUCACUCAUUUAUAUCAAAGGGAACAUUUUAAUGAAGAUGAAGUUAGAAUAUACAUAGCUGAAAUUAUACUAGCGUUGGAACAAUUACAUAAGCUUGGAAUUAUCUACCGGGAUAUCAAGCUGGAAAAUAUUCUCCUCGAUGCAGAAGGUCACAUCGUCCUCACGGAUUUUGGUCUCUCGAAGGAGUUCUGCGGCAAUGAGAAGAGAGCAUACAGCUUCUGUGGCACCAUAGAAUAUAUGGCGCCCGAGGUGGUGCGCUGUGGCAGCCAGGGGCACGAUAUUGCCGUGGAUUGGUGGUCAGUUGGUGUAUUAACCUAUGAGCUGCUGACGGGCGCCUCUCCCUUCACAGUUGAAGGAGAGAAGAACACACAGCAGGAGAUCACCAAAAGAAUAGUCAAGUGCAGUUACCCGGUGCCUAAUGACGUCAGUCCUGAAGUUCAGGACUUUAUUAAAAAAUUAUUAGUUAAAGAUCCACGACGACGCUUGGGAGGAGGCGAGAGAGACGCGGAAGAACUAAAAAGACAUGCAUUUUUUAAGACUUUAGAUUGGGAAGCAGCAGCCCGCCGCGAAAUCCCAGCCCCAUUUGUCCCGCAAUUGUCCCACGAAGCGGACACGAGUAACUUUGCGGGCGAAUUCACAAGAAUGAGGCCCACUUAUUCGCCUGCGCAGGCGCCUAAACAUCACGAUAAACUGUUUUUAGGUUAUUCGUACGUGGCCCCAAGUAUAUUGUUCUCCGAGAACGUGAUAUCAGACCAAAUAUGGAUGCAGGCAACUGGCACCAAACACGACAAGCUCAAAGGAUGGGUCGCCAAGGACUCUCCAUUCUUCCAAAAGUACGCGGUUGACUUGAGCACACCCUUGUUAGGAGACGGGUCGUACGCAGUCUGUAGGAAAUGCAUUCAUCGGCAGACCGCUAAGGAGUACGCUGUUAAGAUAAUCUCAACUCAGAAGAAAGAUGUCAAACAAGAAAUUGAACUUCUGAAGGCCUGUCAGGGAUCGCCCUACAUCAUCACAUUGCACGAGGUUUUUCAUGACUCGGCUUUCACAUACAUAGUAACAGAGUUGGCAACGGGCGGAGAGUUGGCAUCACAUUUGGGUUCAAUUAGUGAAAAGAUCGCUCGGCGGCUAUUGGCUCAGUUGGCGUUGGCCGUCAAACAUAUGCACUCGAGACGAGUAGUACACAGGGAUAUAAAGCCAGAGAAUAUAUUGUUGUCGACGUCUCGUCUCGGCGAAGCGAAGGUGAAAGUUGUGGACUUUGGUUUCGCCCGACGCUUGCCCGACUGCGACGAACGACAGAGAAUGAUGACACCUUGCUUUAGUUUGCCGUACGCAGCCCCCGAAGUGGUGUCGUGCGCGAGGGGCGCGGCCACGGGCUACGGGGCGGAGUGCGACAUGUGGAGUCUGGGAGUCAUUUUUUACUGCAUGUUAUGCGGCAAAGCGCCCUUCGCCCCCGUGUCCCGCAAGGAACCUGUCACGUCUCUGAUGGACAGGAUACGAACUGGCACAUUCUCCAUGGAAGGUGGUAUUUGGAGCACAAUAUCGGAGACGAGCGCACGCGCCGUUCGCGGCUUGUUGUGCGUACGCGCAGAAGACCGCAUGACUUGCAGUGAAUUAUUGCAGUUACUGGAUAUUGGCUUGGAUCACGAAGAGGAAUUCAUCGGGUUUAAGUUGGCUGACAUGACUAAAGCGGACCUGUACCAACGGCGAAACAAAAAUAAACAACGAAAAUCCAGUUCUUCCGAACCGAGCACAUCUGACACGCAACAAUCCGAAGAGCAGAGAGAGAACUCGCUUCUAGAAACGAUAAACAAUCUCAAAAACAGAAUGAACAAAAACUCCAUAGACAACGACGUAGAACUCAUUAAGGCUAACACCCAGGACACUCCCGUCAACGAGUCCGCGGAACCCACCUUCGAAGAUACCGACGAAGUACCUUCAGUCAAACCCGUAGAGAAAACGUACGCCAAGUCCCGGUCGAAGCUGGACGACUACAUCUACAUCGAGAGCAGCCAGGGUCUGGAAGGGACCGAGGUCGCCUUCCCGAAGAGCACUCGGAGGAAAACGUCGCAGUCUCCCGUGCCGAGGAAACGGAGAAAAGUCGAAACGCCCAAAAAGGAACGCAUGGAGUUACGCAGCGACGCCAAAUCACCAGAGAAACGCGGAAGAGGCAGACCCAAGAAGGUUCCGGAAGAGAAACCCAGGAGCACCAAGGAAUCGAUCGAGAACGACAAAGUACGAGUCACCAGAAAGAGACGGCACGAAGAGACUACGAAGCCGGUGCUCAGAGAGAAGGGACAGAACGGGCGACAGAGUAAAAACAGUAGCGAAGAGACUAGGAAAAUUAUCAAGGCCAAGAGAAAUGCGCCCAAAGCGGAGGAAGACAACGUCCGGAUGACCAGAGCCAGGCUCAGGAGACUGGCCAUCAGUCUCUCCCUGUCUGAAGUCAAAAGCGUUCUACCCAAUCUUUCGAUAGAUUCCAACGAUCAGGAAGACGCCGUGGCGAGUAGGAAAACCAAAGGAAAGAGAAGAAACGCUAAAAAUAAUAAAACCGAUAGAAACACAAAAAAUAUCAAAAUUAACGCGAAAAACAUAAAAAAAGUUAGCAAAGUGAAAAAUACGACGCGCAAGCGCACGCGGGCGAGUCGUAGGUGAAAUUUUUCGUUCCUGUCUCAAUCAUCUCUCGUCCAGACUUCACCGAUCGAUUUGAAAAUUUCCAGCGCGUUCAAAAAAUUCCAAAAAAAUCUUAAAAAUGAAAACGCAAACCGGACGCUCGCUCAUCUUUUCUAGUUUAAAGAUUAUUUAUUUAAAACAUUUAAGUUAUUCUUACUCUGCGUACGGUCAAAUGUUUUUUAAAUUUUUAUUUAAUGUUACUAUUACUUUAAGAUACCUUAAUACCACUAGUUUUAAUUCAUUAAUUGUUAUUUUCUCUUCGGAUUAGACAAUUAUUAAUAAAAUUUAGUCUAAGGAAUGUAUUAGGUGAAUUCGAUGUGUGAUCGCGCACUUCACGUAAUAGUUAAAUUGGUUAUUUUUAUUUAUAUCCCUGUCUGUGCGAAAUGGGGUAUGGGACACAUAAACUGGCAACACUGACACGUUUGCGUGACGCUUUUAUCUUCUCUCGUUUCUCUAAUAUUUCCGUUUCUCGUGUUGUUCAGCGGUGUUUUAUCCUGUUGUUUUGGAAAGAUGUUUCAAUUUCAAUAGUAUUACAACGAUAGUCCUCGGUGAAAUACUAUGAAAGUGAUUUAAAUAUUCCUAACCUUUACGAGAUCUCUGAAAUAUCGUUGUAUUUGUAUAUAUUCGUUUGACAUAAUAUUUAGUAUUUAAUAUGUUUGUAUAUUAUUUGGGAUUUUUCUUGAACAAUUGUAUCCAAUCAAUUUUUUCUAUUCGCUUCUCUUCUCGUUUGAAUCUUUUUGAAAUUCUUUAAUAAAACUGUUCCUACAGUAACAUCCAUACAUAUUUUUUUUGUGUACGGUGGUAGUGCCAAAGCGAAAACGAGUUUUGUACACUUAUAAUUAUCACAAAUCCACAUAUUUUUUCUUAGAUGAAUUUUUGUUGUAAGCGCUUUUACCAAAAACGUUUGUUUUCAUUGUAAAUAAAUACGUUUGAUUAGUACAAAAGUCGAUAAAAUAUAAACAAUGAUUGUUUAUAUUAUUUAGUACGCAGUUUCUGUAAAGUGUGAGGCAUAUCAUUUCGCAUGUUAUGGUUCAUAAAACGUAUUUAAAUGUGUUCAGAGCUUAUUUAAAAUUUGUGAUUCAAAUGAAGUAUAUCUGUUUCGAUUUUUAAUAUUUAAACUUAACAUUUUUAUCGUUUGCCGCGUCGCCAUAAAAGACAACAGACCAAACGUGCGGUAAUUUGUCUCUUCCGUGAUGACACAUGGCAAACGAUAAAAUUGUUCUGGAAUGUUGUACGCCAUUUAGAGUUUAGAAAUGUAUUAUCUACGUAUUGAAAGUUUUCAAAAUUAUCAAUAUUGAUUCAUUAAUGUUUAAAGAGCUUUCCUUCAUUAGAGGACACUGUACUGCGUCAUUUUGUGAAUACAUUUCCCAUUGUUAUUUCAUGUGUGAAAUUGAAAACGAAACGUGUUUUAACGUACCAAAUUGAUGAUAACAUACAAUUUUUUCGGAAAUUUUAAAUUUCCAAACGCUUGAUAAGAAAUAAGCUGUCAUUUGAAGUGCACUUAAAUGGAUUGAACCAAAAAAAGAUUAUAUAAUUUUAUAAAGUGUUAGAGGUUAUUGAAGAGUCGGCAAUUUAAUAAUGUGCCGGCUAAAGAUAUUGGAUUGUAAUAAAUAUACCAUUUUAACAAUU